AUGGGCGAGGCGGACGCGAGCGCCGGAGGGAGCAGGGCCGGCGGAGAUCCGCAGCGGCUGAAGCGGAUCGCCGCUGCGGCGUACGACUACGAGAACGAUGCGCGGUGGGCCGGGUACUGGUCCAACGUCCUCGUGCCGCCCCACCUCGCGUCCCGCCCCGACGUCGUCGACCACUUCAAGCGCAAGUUCUACCAGCGAUACAUCGAUCCUGCUUUGGUUGUUGAGCCAAUGUCCUCCAUGACUUCAACUCAGUCUAGCAGACCAGCAGCAAGGUCUUCAGCUACACCGUCUGGUGAGAAUGUCAGAUCUCGUGACUCAGGCUCUAGCACGAGAUCAACUGGGGCUUCCCAACAGCCAUCAGCAGAGAGGACUGCAAAUUCAUUACGGCUAGACAGACGGACAAUACAUUUUUCUAUCAAUGCCUGGAUACUGGUUGUAGCUAGUCUUGGAAUACUCCCAGUUCUACCCAACCAUAUCUCAAGUAAAGCAUACAGACUUUCAUUGCUAGGAACAAUAUGCUCGUCUGCAUAUUCUUUAUAUAGCACUUAUGGGAAACCAAGAGCAUGGAAUAUGCCUGCAAUUCAGUCCUGGCUGCAAUCUAUUAUUGUAGCCAAGGACUUUGUUCACUUGAUGUUCUCUCUUAUGAUGUUCACAUCUAAUGUGCACUUUAAGAUUGCUCUACUUCCUGUGCUUUGCUGGGCGCUUGAUCAUGUUGCUCGAUUCCUAAGGCGUAAUUUUACGCACUCUUCUUUAUACAGGAAGUACUUAGAGGACCCUUGCCUAUGGGUAGAGACAAACAACACUACACUCAGCCUACUUUGUUCGAAUGCUGAAAUCACCCUGGGGUUUCUCAUGAUCAUCUCACUUUUCUCGUCGAGACGCAAUAUAAUUCAGACAUUUAUGUAUUUUCAUCUGUUGAAGUUGAUGUACCAUUCUCCUGUGACAUCUGGUUACCACCAGAGUGUGUGGGCAAGAAUAGGCCGGGCUGUAAACCCAUACAUUUACCGCUACGCGCCAUUCCUCAACACACCUAUUUCGGCAGUUCAGAGAUGGUGGCUGAGGUAG